UAUAGGCCAGUCAAGCACCACACAGGAAGUCGUGAUGGGUUACAGCAGUGGGCUGGUAAACUCCGUCGGUGCAGACCAAGGCUGUUGUGUGUUUGUGUGUGGGAGUGAAAGAAAAGAAAAAAAAAACUGUUAAUUGUCUGACGGCAAACAUUUCUGGACAGUCGCUGGUGCAGAUGUGCUCGUUGUACAAGUCUUCUGAAAAGCUGCAGCGCGAGGGACCGGCCAUGAGUCAGCUGUGAUAAUGUCACAUGGUUGUGGCGGUUGUCCUUUUGCACAGGAUCGCGGCAGAAGAACCGACGUCAACAGAAAUCAAAGAUGUGGUAACCACGGCGGCGUGAUGGAGUCUGAGUACGACAUAGUGGAUGACCAGGAGGAAGUGCUGAACGUGCGCAUACUUCCUGCGAGGCCCAUGCAUGAGGAAAUGGAGUAUGCAGACAGGGUUCUUCCAAGGUCGUCAUCAGCUCAGAGCCUUCCAUCAAUCUCCACUGGUAACUCCAACAUCCUCCCCAGAUGUCCACCCAGAGUAAUCCCUCAUACAGGAGGGCCUGCUGUAAAUAGAGAUAUGAAGCCUGGCAGGAGAAAAACUAUAAUAGGUAAUGGCUCCACACCUGUGCUGCCAGGAGUCCAGUGCUCGCUCAGGCGCCCUCCAUCGCCGCCCCUGCCGUUAGUGGAUCAGCUUCCUGGAUCGGCUCUCCGCAGAACCUGCAGGAGAAAUGGACAACAGAACGCGAAUAGAAAAGCAGGAUUCAGUUCACAUGCCACAGGUCAACAGAGAGCAGAGAGCGUUUCAGGCGCCCACAGCAAUCACAGACGUUCUUUGGAUCUGGAUUCUCACAUCAUAGAAAUAAGGUCACAAAAUCAAAAUCUGGAAAGGGUGCCGUCGGGACGUCAUCACCACGAGUGGCCUCAAACUAAAGACGACUUUGACCAACAUGACUUUGUUCCAAAGGAAAAGCCUCAACUGACCGACAGUGAAGAAGACUGGUAUGUUGGGGCUUGUAGUCGAGCGGAUGCUGAGCACGCUUUGCACCUGGUGAACAAGGAUGGCGCGUUCUUGGUACGAGAUUGCUCCAUCAACUCCGACAGCGAACCCUUGGUGUUGGCUGUGUAUCACGAGAAGAAGGUUUACAAUGUCAAAAUUCGAUUCCUCGAGAGCACCAGCAAGUUCGCUCUGGGAACGGGACAGCGAUCAAAUGACAUGUUUGACUCGGUGGCGGACAUCCUCAAGUUUCACACCAUCUUCCCGAUAAUGCUCAUCAGCGGGAGGUUUCCACCCGGAAGCAAACACCCAGAAAACUGCGUGCUCACGUGUGCAGUGACGAGGACGGAUGUCGAGCAGCUCCUGCAAUAAAUGGAUUAUGACUGAC